UCGAGACGGACGUGACGUCCCUCGACUCAACAUUGACCUUCCUCUCGUCAGUCACGUAGCCGGGACACAUAUGCAUGCUCACGAAAUGUAGAAUAGAAAAUCUCUUUUAACGCUCGAUCUUCAGUGUACUGUGCUCACCAGGUUGAGUGGAACAAUGGUGAAGUAUUUCAGCUGUUCAGGCUUUCUGAAAAGCUCGUGGGACCAAGUGUUUCUGGCCUUCUGGCAGCGAUACCCCAACCCCUACAGUAAUCAUGUUUUGACUGAAGACAUCAUAUUUCGGGAAGUCACUCCCGACAACCGGCUCAUUUCCAGACGUCUGUUGACCAAAACAAGCAGAGCUCCUCGCUGGGCGGAGAAGUUUCUGCCGGCUCACAUGGCACAGAAGGCUUUUAUCAUUGAGGACUCGAUGGUGGAUCCUGAGAGCAGAAGCAUGACCACGCUGACCUGGAACAUCACCCACGCACGUGUCAUGAGCAUUAAAGAGCGAUGUGUGUUCAGCGUGAACCCUGACAACAACAACUGGACCGAGAUCAAGAGAGAGGCCUGGAUCUCCUCCAAGCUGUACGGCCUCUCUAGAGCAAUUCAGGAAUUUGGUCUUGCCCGGUUAAAGAGCAACGUUAGCAAAACCAUGAAAGGCUUCGAGUUCGUCCUGGCCAGGAUGCAAGCAGGUGAAACACCCACGAGGACUUUGGCAGAAAGCGCAACUGUGAAGGCCCGUGAAACUGCGCUCGCCGCCAAAGAGAAAGCUAAAGAUUUGGCUUCUCAAGCACAGAAGAAGCAGUAUGUAUGAUGGAAAUGGCCGUGCCACUCCAUCGUAUAGAGUGCUAUUUCCCAACCACUUUCCUCAAGGGCCCUGAAAAGGACAUAUUUUGGAUGUGUCCCUCAUUACUAAAGUACUACAGUAUUUGAAGAAACCACAAGCAGUUCAACCAAAACCCUCCAGUAAACUUGAUUUAAUGCAGCAGCAUCAUCCUACUUCAAGUCUAAUUUUACAUGAUAUGUUUGCAUUUUAGAUGUUUUCUUUACAAAGACUUUCAUUUAAAACUUUACAAAGGAAUGAAUUUAACUUCUCUGACUUUCCAAGCUGGCCAUCUCUGAAUCUUUAAAUUCACUCUGGCUGAGGUCUUGUUUAGCAAUGUUAUUUACUGCUUCAAAUUGAAGUUGUGUCUGCAUUGAUGGGUCCACAGUUCCAGCAGUGUGUGAGAUGUCUGUUGUGUUCUGCAGAAGGGCCUGAUCUUUGGCACUGGAGAGAAUAUGUCUGAUGGGAAUGCAGUGGAUGUCAAUGUCCAUAUACAAAUUUGAAAGUUGUGCUAGAAAAUGUUAAAUGACUGAACUGAUUUGUGUUAUGAAAUUGUGAGACAAUGUUUUAUAGCGCUUAACAAUUGUUUGUGAUCAACAGUUAUCACUAAUAAAUAUUUUCUAUUUGUU